CCACCAUUUAACAGGAUUGAACAGCACAACAUGAAGGCCUCCUUUGUUGCCGCGAGCGUGCUCGCUCAGUACACAUCUCUUGCAGCCGCCCACUCAAUGUUCCAGGACGCAGCCGCGGGGACUGUCGACUACAACUCCACGUGUGUCAGGAUGCCUCCCAACAACUCGCCCGUCACCAACGUGGCCGCGCCGGAGAUGGCGUGCAACGCCGCCGGCACCAAGGCUACCACCAGCACAUGCCAGGCAACAGCCGGCUCGCCCUUUACCGUCGAGAUGCACGCGCAGCCAGGCGACCGGUCAUGCGCCUCCCCAGCCAUCGGCGGCAACCACUUCGGGCCGGUCAUGGUAUACAUGAGCGCGGUAGCCGACGCAACAGCGGCAGGCGCAGCGAGCGGGGCGUCGUGGUUCAAGGUCGACGAGAUCGGCUACGACGCUGCCACGAAAACCUGGGGCACCGACGUGCUCAACGCCAACUGCGGCAAGCGCCAGUUCGUUAUCCCCGCCAAGAUCCCCGCCGGCGACUACCUCGUCCGCGCCGAGGCCAUAGCAUUGCAUGCGGCAUCGCAGGUCGGCGGGGCGCAGUUCUACAUGAGUUGCUAUCAAGUCAAGGUCGCUUCCAGCGCCGCCGGGCAGCUCCCGGCCGGCGUCAAGUUCCCCGGCGCCUACAGCGCGCAGGACCCCGGCAUCCUGAUCGACAUCUACAGCAACCUCAAGAGCUACACCAUCCCCGGGCCGGCCGUCAUUGACAAGAGCUUUUUCUGAAAUUCGGGCGGCCGUUGGCUGAGC